AUGGCACAGAGACGAAGAACGUGGCACUCUCUCAGCAUCCGCGGGAGGGACUUGCGCGAUACAGACGAUGAUACAACAAAUUCUCGUGACGAGAUGAUUCGAUCGUUAUUUGGCCUGUCCGAUGAGGCGAUUUCAGUGUGGCCGGGUCUUUAUGCCGUGUGCGACCAGAUGGAGGAAUCGUUUCGCGAAUUGGUUGCAGGCGGCGAUGCACUGGACCUCGGUGUUAUCAAUCGUCUGGUUCCCGGUAGUCGAGAUAACUGCUGGCAGUUUUGCAGAGCUGUUAUUGGGGCUGUCGGAGAGCUUCAAGAGGGUGAGGCCAGUCUGGAAAAGAUCUAUCAAAUGCUACCGAACAGGCAGCUCUCCUUUUCUGCUCAGGUCGGUACGGUAGAGCGGUCGUCUCAAGGCGGAAGGAGACCUGUCGCCAAAAUGUUCCGCGACUUUAGACUGCAACCUCAAUCACGGGAAGCUGAUGCGACAUCACAUUACGGUCCCGAGGACCAGAAUGUUCUGUAUGAGUCGAGCUUGAACUACUUUACACUGCACAAGAUUGGCCACGUUCGAAUCGAGUGGGUGAACACGCUCAUCGACCAUCUACGGUUUGAUCGAAUCACGAAGGAAUUGUUCCCUGUCCCGGGGGACGUUUUUGCUGAUAGCCCACGAGACGACCCUGCAACAGUAUAUCGCGAGGUGCUUCUAUCCUACCGUUUGCUUUUCGGCCAAUCGUCCCGAUCGAGGGACCUUGCCAGAGGGCUGCUGGCCGAGGCUGGGAAGAAGGGACAGGAUGAUCCUUUCCUGUAUGCAAUUUGCACGGCCAACCUGUCCCGUAGCGUUUGGCAGCGCUUCUGCAAGUUUGGCACUCGAAGCAGCAGCUUGCCGCCGAGUAUAUUCCCGCCGUACAUUCUCGACGUUGAUGGUUCCAUCUUGGAAUCCGACACCUAUUCUGCUCGACAUGACUUUCCAGUCUUUGGCAAUCGGCUGCUGGUCCUUCAGCGAUAUAGCUUGAGGCAACAGCCAAGCCGGGUGAGGGACCUCUGGCGUGAUCGGAGGAAUCCUCUCCAAUGGUAUACCUUUUGGGCUGUUUUAUGGGUGGGCGGAUUGUCCCUCAUACUUUCCGCUGUUCAAGUAGGUUUGGCCGCCGGUCAGCUAUAUUAUGCCAGUCCAGAGGCCAGGCAAAUCAGACAAUAA